AUGGACCAAACUUCUAUGCUUAAUUAUGGUGAUAUGGAUUCCAGAACAAGCUCUGUAGCUCAAAGGACAAGGGCUAAAAUACAUGAAUCGAUGUUGGCUGUCCAUAAGCUGAAUCAGAAGAAGAAGAAGAAACCUAAUUCUGUUACAGCUGCUGUGAGAAAGGGGAAGGUGUGGAAUCGUUCUGACAGUUCCAGGAAGAAUGAACAAUUGAAUGCGAUUAAUGCAGAGGAUGUGGUAAUUCUGGAUGAUGAUGAUGAGGAGGUUGAUCGAAAGAUAAAAGCAAGACCAAAGGUUAUGAACACCAGGAAGAGGAAUAAUGUAGAUAAGGAAGUGAAGGAAAAGCUAAACCCCAAGAAAAGGAAGAGAACAGUAAGAAGGUCUCUUCAUAAUCAUGAUAGUGAAGAAGAAAGUGACGAUGGUGUGCAGUUACUGAGGGAAAUGCCUGCCCUAAUAAAUGAUACUUCGAAAAGAAAUCCAAGUGUUCCUGAUGAUGAUGAGGGAAUGGACAGGGAUGCCCAAACUGUGAGUAAAAAGAGUUUUGUAAAUGCAUCAAAGAGGGGUAAAAGUUAUGAAAAUCGGAAGAGCUACUCAAGUUCUGACUCCUCAGCAGCUGACUUCUCAAGUUCGGAAGAGGACGAGGAUAGGAAUAUCCAAAUCAUGAGUAAGAAGAGUUUUGUAAUUCCAUCAGAGGGGGGUGGAGGUUAUGAAACCAGUAAGAGGUCCUCUAUUCCUGCCUUCUCAAGACCUACAGAGGCAGAAGAUUUGGCUCUCCAAACGUCGAGUAAAAAGAGUUUUGUUGGGCCAUCAAAUGGGGGUAGAAGUUGUGAUGAUAGGAAGAGCUCCUCAGGCUCCUCAGGUUCCGAUUUCUCAAGUUCUGAAGAAGAAGAUGAUUCUGAUGAUACUUUUACCGGGGGAGAAUCAGGGAGUUCAGAUUCACAGUCAGAUGAUUCAAGUUACUGUACUGGUGUCAGUCAAGUUGAAAGCGAUGAUUGUAAUGAUACUGAGGGCAAUGCUAAACUGGCUAAGGCGAAUGCUAAGAAGAACUCAGUGGAUGUAACUGCUAGUGAGGAGUGCGAGAGAGACGUUGGAGAUGGUUUCAAGAAAAUUAGAGCUGAUGGUUUGGACAUUUGGGUGGAUCUCAACAGGACAGACAAAGGAAAGCAGCAAGGGAGGUCUGUGCGCCUCAGGCCAAGGUCAGUUAAUGAGUCGGAAAAGAAGAACUCGAAAUUUGGGACUUACUCUUGUCCACUUCGAGUUGAUGAAAAUGAGAGUUGUGAUUCAUCAGAUGAGGAAGGCAGCCACAGAAGUAAGGAAAGACGUAAAGAACUUCGGAAGCCUUCUAAGAAAAGGUCUCUCAAGUCAAAAUCUGUGGGCAUUAAGAGAGUUAUAAAUUCGAUUGUGGAUUCAAUAUUAGGGGAAGGUGAAGCGUUAGAUGAGAUUCUAGCUUCUAAUAAAGAAGAAGCUUCAGCUGAAAAUGCAUUACCCUUGAGAUUCAGAUUUGAGGAUGAGGAUCCUCCUGCUCCGCCCGAGAAGCAGGAAUGGGAGAAAGAAGUUGACGGCCUAUUUGCUGAAUUGGAAAUGUGCCUUGAAGUGCCUGAUACUGAUGCUAAUACAGCAUCCAUGGCUGAGGAUCAUCAUGUCAAUGAUCAGAUGAAAAAUCCAGUAGAAGAGUGUCCAUUCGGAGGGGACCAUCAGCUGGUUCUCGAAGAACCCACUGGAAUCUUAUGCAGACGUUGCCAAAUUGUGUGCCUGGAGAUGAAGUACAUUUUCCCGGAACUGAAAAUGCCGACUCCAGGAAAGCGAGAUUCAGUAAACUCUGAACCUGGUGGUUGCUCUAUGUUUGAUGAGUUUCAAUUGGGUGAUUCAGCACGUGAUAACUACUCUGCCUUGAAGCCAACUAAAGGCGAUGUAUUGGACCUUAUUCCUGCCAAAAUCCGGAAGGACAUGUAUGAUCAUCAACUCGAGGGCUUUAAAUUCUUGUGGAAGAAUGUUAUAGGAGAAACCAGGAUUGAAAAGUUGCAGUCUCAUUUAUCUAAUGAAGGAAGUGGAUGUAUAAUAUCACAUGCACCUGGGACGGGAAAGACAUGUCUGAGUAUUGCUUUCAUCAUGUCAAUGAUGAGAUUCUAUCCAACAUGCCGACCCGUGAUUGUAGCUCCUCACAGCAUGCUUCUUACAUGGGAACAUGAGUUUGAGAAAUGGGACUUUGGACUUCCUUUCUACAAUUUAAACAGCGAGGAGUUGCUGGGAGAGGAAACUGAAAUUGCUUUGCCUCUGCAUCGCUUCUCACGACGACCAAAUGAGAAAGAUAAAAGACAUUUUAAUCGAGUGGCAAAGUUGUACUCAUGGGCAAAGCAGAGGAGUGUUUUAGGAGUGAGCUACACACUGUUUGAGAAGCUUGCCAAUGGGUCUAUUGGAGAAAAGGGCAAGAAAAUUCUUCUCGAGCUGCCAGGUUUCCUGGUUCUUGACGAAGGACAUACACCUCGCAAUAAACGCAGUCAUAUGUGGGAGGCCUUGACAGAAGUUAAGACUCGUCGGCGCAUAAUCCUCUCCGGCACUCCAUUUCAGAAUAAUGUGGAUGAGUUGUGUAAUACUCUAUCCCUUGUGAAUCCCAAGCUCUCGGUUUACAAAAAAAGUUUCAAGUCCAUUACCGAACUCAAAGUUAUGAUAGAUCCACUCGUAAAUGUGUACAAAGGUUCUAUACUCCAAGAAAGUCUCCCAGGUCUGAAAGAUAUGCUGGUAAAAUUACGCCCUGCCGAUCAGCAAAAGCGUGCUUUGCAGCUAAUAUCGGAUGUUAGAAGUUUCCUAGAGAAGGUGCAUUUGGUCGCUUUGAUCUCUGUCCACCCUUCGCUAGCUACAAAAAAAAUGGGGUCCCUCUUCCAAGAAAGUGGGCUGGGGUUGCUCGACCCAAGCCCUAAUGCUGGUGUGAAAACUAAAUUCGUCGUCGCCCUUGUUGCACUAUGUGCAAAACUACAUGAGAAGGUUUUGAUUUUCAGUGAAUAUAUUAAGCCUCUCAAAUUCAUAAAGCAGCAGCUCGAAGAUAAGUUUUCUUGGACAGAAGGCAGAGAAGUCCUGUAUAUGGAUGGGAAACAAGAUGCCAAGAUUCGGCAAUCAUCCAUUAAUUCUCUGAAUGCUCCUGAAAGUGAGGUAAAAGUGUUCCUCGCAUCGACAAAAGCCUGUUCUGAAGGAAUAAACUUGGUGGGGGCUUCAAGAGUUGUGUUGCUCGAUGUUGUUUGGAAUCCGUCAGUCGAGAGGCAAGCCAUUAGCCGUGCAUACAGGCUUGGCCAAAAAAAGAUUGUAUAUGUGUAUCACUUGAUCACAUCAGGGACCUUGGAGGAAGAUAAGUACGAGCAGCAAAUGAAGAAACAUCACUUGUCUGAGCGCUUAUUUUCUUGUCAAGACAGAGAAAACAAGAAGUUCUCUUCAGCUGUUGCAGAAGACAAGGUCUUGGAAGCAAUGAUAGACGCCAAAAAUCUGAAAGAUAUGUUCGAGGACAUUGUUCACGAUCCGAAAGAAUCAAAUUUGUUUGAGGAUUACAAUUUCCUUGAGCCAAAGGACUAA